GUUGGACAACAAUAAUAGGGUGAAGUCACAGCACAACACUGGGACCUCGAAGCGAAUGACACAGCAUGGCUCCAGGGGAUGGUGGGGCAGCAUCAGUGGCGUCAACACGCUAAACCGCAUCUCGACUCGCUAAAUGGGUGACAACUGAACAGCCAGAUUGCACUUCGAGGUCAUUGCAUCAGAGCUUCUCGAGUGCCAACCUCCAUCCCAAACAUCACCGUUCAGCUUCCUGUCUUCAUCCUCCUGCCAAUUGACCGUCGCAAUGGGUUUCUCUAAGCUUUCUGUCUUUGCUCUCCUCGCUCUGCGUGCUGCCAGCGUCUUUGCUGCCGACGCUGUCGAGAAAGAAGCUGAAGCUGCUCCUACAACUCCCAACCUUGCCCUCUCGGUCUCUGCCUCAUUCCCCAACUCUGAGGUCUUCGGUGUCAAGCUCAUCAAUGGCCACGCGACCAAGGCCGUUCUUGACUUCACCAACAGCGAACCCGACCCAGUUACCAUCUCCCUGAUUGGCGGGUUCCUCUCUUCUCUACAGCCAUUGCCAGUUGACGCUCCUCCCAGCGCAGCCGUCAUCCGCAACUUGACUGCCACCCGAUACGAUGUUCUGGUACCAGCUGGCGAGAAGGCCACUCUCCCAUACACCUUCGUCAAUGACUUGAACCCAACUGAGCUCCGCCUCAAUUUGGUUGCUGUGGUCUCUAGCAAGGCCGGUAACGUCUACCAAGUCCAAGCCUACAACGAGACUGUCCAUGUCGUUGAACCAGCCACCAGCAUUUUCGAUCCUCAAAUCAUCUUCCUCUACCUCUUCCUCCUCGCCGGAUUCGUCGGAACCCUCUACUUCGUCUACAAGACCUGGAUCGAGACUCUCUUCCCACAAACCAAGCGCGGAGGCAAGGGCGGCGAGCGCGCCAAGCGCUCAUCUGGAGGUUCCAAGAAGGCCGUCCCAGUCGAGGAGCAAGUUUCCGUCAUUGGAGCUGACGGACCGGCUGUUACUACUGCGGUUGAGGCGCAGAAGGCUUAUGAUGAGAGCUGGAUCCCUGAGUACCACUUGAACCGCCCGACCGCUAAGCGGGUCAAGAGUGGAGCAUCAUCGAAGCAGAAGAAGCUUGUUGCCGAAUAGGAGGAUGUUCGAUUAGGACGAGUUGGGUGUUAGUAUAUCUGUAUGUGUAUAUAUGGAGUGGAGG